UUGGGAGCUGGAGAGUGUAAACAAACUGAUAAGAAACUGAUCUAGCCCUCAGAGACGUGGAAUAUAAGCAAGCCACCUUAACUAAAGAUGGGUUGUCAGGUAGCCUGUAACCCCUAUAUGGGCUCAAGGGCCCCCAGGAACCUGUUCUACCCCUCUCGAGAGGCACAAAAACUGGCACAGACUCUGAUAAUAACAUGGUACAGCCCCUCCCGAAUAAAUUACUAUCAGGACGACUACCAAGAGAGGAUCGAGAGAUAACCAUAUAAGAACCACAUGUGUGUGUAUGCGGAGUGAUUGCAAUGCCCGGUAUUUGGCUUUUUGUUGCUUCGAAUUCUGCUUGGGUUUCAGUUUGUGCGGUUUGGGACAAGAUUGACUUGCAAUGUCAGUUGCCAGACGGGCGGCGAGUCGAUCGCGACUUUCGAUUUCGUUCGGCACCCGCGGCCAUAGCCAUUAUCAUUCUGGUGCUUCACGGAGAAAAAUUUUGACUCGUUUAAUUAAUUGGAUGAUUAGCUAUCGAUUAUAAAACGAAUCCAAUGUUUUGAUUUGGACUGAAAGUGAAGAAUGAAAGUUUUGUGAUAUAGUCUCUCUUUUGCGUACAAUCAAUUAGAGACUUUUUCUUUCGGUGCACUCUGCUGGCCUGCCAACUCAGAGUAAUUAUCUCCUCCGAGUUCCGCGUCCAGACGUCCUCAGAAUCGUCUUCAGUUUUAGCUUCAGUCUGUCAAGGCGCGUCGGAAACACAACAUGUGGCUGCUCAUACCUAUCCUCCUCUACUCGGCAAUAUUCCUGUCCGUGCGGCACAUCUACAGCCACUGGAAGCGGCGGGGAUUUCCCUCGGAGCGGGCCGGCAUCACAUGGACUUUCCUGCUUCAUGCAUACCGGCGGGAAUUCCGACACGUGGAGGCCAUCUGCGAGGCAUACCAGGCGGGUAAGGACCGACUACUCGGCAUCUACUGCUUCUUCAGGCCCGUGCUGCUCGUGCGGAGCGUGGAGCUGGCCCAGACGAUCCUCCAGCAGUCGAACGGGCACUUCAACGAGCUUAAGUGGGACUAUGUUAGGGGGUACCGCAGAUUCAACCUGCUGGAGAAGCUAGCCCCGGCGUUUGGAACUAAAAGACUGGCAGAUAUGUUCGGGCAGGUCCAAAAAGUAGGUGAUCACCUGAUUAGCCACCUCUUGGACAAAGAUCAGGGUCAGGGGGGAUUACUCGAAGUGGAUAUGCAACAGCUUUUGAGAGUUUACUCCAUCAACAUCAUCGGCAACCUCAUCUACGGCUUGGAUGUGAACAACUUCGAGCAAAAGGAUCACAUUUUUACAAGCUUCUUGAGUCGGGGACAGUCCACCAUACAAUCCUUCACUCUAAGCCGUUUGCCCCAGAAAUCCUCCUUCACCUACCGACUCAGGGACCUCAUUAAACAAAGCGUUGAGUUGCGAGAGGAUCACGGUCUCAUACGGAAGGACAUACUCCAACUUCUAGUGAGAUUUAGGAAUGGAAACGAAGUCAGUGGCGAAAAGUGGCAGAUAGAAUCAAAUAGUGAUCAAGAUAAAUGUCUGUCCAUCAAGCGCCUUGCAAAAGUGGCUGAGGAUUUACUGAAAGUCUCCUUGGACUCUGUGUCCUCCACGGUUACCCUCACCCUCUUUGAGAUUCUGCAGGAACCCCUGAUUGUGGAGAAACUCCUGGCGGAAGUCAGCGAUCUAAGUAAUGAGAAUGGUAAGCUCAAGUUUGAGGAGCUGGAGGGACUCAAAUACAUGGAUAUGUGCCUUAAAGAGACUGUCCGGAAAUACCCGCCAGUGCCCAUUAUUGAGAGGAUAUGCCGAAAGACAUAUCCCCUGCCCAAUUCCAAGCUCACCAUAGACGAGGGCAAGACCCUGAUGGUGCCUCUUCUGGCCAUCCAUAGGGACGAGAAAUACUUUAGUGAGCCUUUGAAGUACAAGCCCCUCAGAUUUCUGGCGGAGAAUGGAUCAGGUGCCUGCCAAAAGGAGAGCAAAGCCAAUGCCUUCAUGGGCUUCGGGAUUGGCGGGGCUCAGUGCGUGGGCCAAAACUUUGCCAAGCUGGUAAUCAAAGUGGCGCUCAUCAAAAUGCUGCAGAACUUCCGCCUGGAACUGGACCCGAACCUGGCCGAGACCAUAGAGGUGGCUCACCAGCCGGCGCCCUUUAUUCGGACCCGUGACGGUCUAAAAGUAAAGUUGAGGAGACGCGAAAUAAAGCCCACAUUUUAUCGCUAAACUAAGUUAGACUCUAAGGGAACUCUAAGCUGCCAGGUCCUUUAAUUUGUGCAUCCUUUUCAACACUUUGUUGGCACGACACCUGAAAUUAUGCUAUAAAUAAAAUCCAGUAUAUUAUGGUCGCAGA